CACAAAUCCCAUGAUUCCCCUGUGCGGCCCUUGUCCACCGUGACGUCACGGAGUCUGCAGCUCCUCCGUGAUGGCUUUGUGAGGAAAGGACGCGGAGAUGUUUUGGGCGGCGGACGAGUCAAAUCAGAAAAAGACUAUUUCAUUUGUGAAGCUGUGAAGCAAGAGAGCCAUGCAGAGUCUACCCCAGGAACACACCGAAUCCUGUCCUGUGACCACGUCCACUACAGAGACACUACCAGACACCGAAGCUACGCCAGAGCUAAGUGAACCAGAUGCACGAGAGAAAGAGGCCAAGUCAAAUACUGGUGCUGAAAUUACAACAACAGGAGCACACGCUGCUGCUGAGACACCUGCAAACAUGGCAGUCACUCCAGCAGCAGAACGUGAGCCCAGUGUCCGGUCACAGGYUGGGUCCAAAACUGCAAAGGUCCCGACUGAACCGGUCCGUGACACCAAAUCAAAACGUGGAAGAGAUGGACAGAAAGUGAAGAAGCAGGAUAAAACGGUGAGCGACGGCAGGAAAUAUGUUAUGUCCAAAAAGGCCAUGGUGGAUCCGCUGAAGAUGGACAUGUCCAAACCAAUAGUUAUGCCCCUCACAUCGUCUGAGCUUUCCCUGCAGUGCAUUGAGUGCCAUAUCAUCUUCAGUGACCACAAGAGCAAAGAGCGCCACCUCAAGCUGAGCCACCCUGCAGAAUAUGAACAGUGCAUCCUGAGGAAUGCUCUUUUUGCCUGCUAUGUCUGCGACCGCCACUUCACCAACUCCACGGAGCUCAUGGCCCACCAGAAAGCCCACACGGAGAAGAAACCCUUCAAGUGUCCCAUCUGUGGGCUGGCUUUCAAGAAGUCGUCAGAACUCACGGUUCAUAAAAAGAUCCAUUGUGGCGAGGACGGAUAUGCCUGCACCGAAUGUGGCAAGGCCUGCAAAACGCUGACGCUCCUGAAGUAUCACCAGCGCACUCACACAGGAGACCGACCGUAUGUCUGCAAGGAGUGUGGAAAGAGGUUCAACAUGCCCAAAGCUCUGCAGAAACACAUGGCGAUACAUUCACCAGAAGGAGCUGAAGCACAAGGAGAGGACACCCCGGCCAAACCAAAACGGAAGAAAAACGAUGGUGCUCCUGCAACAAAGUAUCCUUGUUCAGUCUGCAAGGCCUCUUUCAAGACCCCAAAAACGCGGCAACAUCACAUGAAAACGAAGCACAAACUUGAGGCCGCCAAUAUUGCCCCCCCUGCUGGGCCGCUGUCAAAACAAAACAUGCCCACCAUAACUCCAAUAGCUGUUCCUCAACCAGCGCUUUUGCAAGUAGAGCCUCACGGACCUCUGCAAAAAGUGGACGCCAAUAUUGACACGGAGCAGAUUCGUAAGCUUAUCGAAUCGUUGGGAAAUGUGCAGAAGGUGAACCAAGUCGUUAUAUUGGGGCAGGUGCCUCCUCAUGCCCCCCCACUGGAAUUACAGCAGGUGUCAGAACCAACAGAGCUGGUGAAUUUGAAUCUUAGUCCACCACAGAUUGACUUUAUCGGACUGAAACAGACAGAGGCUAAGACGGAUGAACUCGAUCCUUCAAUUGACCCAAUGGAGCAAACGAUUAUACUGGAACCCAUUACUCCAGACGGACAGCUAGAAAACCCCUCCUUCACAGAUCUCAGCUCCCAUGUUGCAGCAGGUGGACAUAUAGAACUAACAUUCAUUGAGGCCGGACAAACGGAAAGACCUGAGGGUGAAUUGAUGGGUGUUCAGGUCCUCCAGCAACCUGAGAAUAUUGCAACUCACUUUGAUCCUAUGGUUUGUCAGAAUGAGGCGGAUAAUCUCAAAGAAAACCUCGAGCAAACAGUCAUAUUAGAACUCACCCCUGCUUUGAUGCCAGAUAUGGAGCUGGACCAAAUUCAGACUGAACCACAAAUUGAAGUCACUUCCUCUUCGUUGAUGCUCAACACUGACCAGGAGACCCCUGAACAGACUGUGAUAAGUGAGGAAAAAKACAGCCUGCCAGUUCUACCAUUUAUGUCCACAGAGCAACAAGCUCAUCCUUCUUCUGCAUUUCCAUCGGACACACAAGCUCCAAGUAGAUCUAAAACACCCUCUGAAGAAGAGUCUGAAAUGAAAAAAGUCAGUCUAGAUCAGGUUGCUGAGGUGGAUACAAAGACUCAUGAUCAGGUUAAGCAGGAUCUUGCUGAAAAAUUGCAGAUGGAAGACAAAAAUACCCCAUCUGAAGUAAAAGACUCAUUUGCUAAAGAAAUUUCCUCACAGUUAGAGACGACACAGACUUCAGAGUUACCUAUAAAUGUAAUGUCAGCUCAAGAGUUGGUCAAAGUACGGAAAAGAAAGCCAGCCAGGACAUUUUUUUUCCAGGGAUAUAUGCAUGACUUGAUGGACUUUCAGUUUGAUGUCAAACCAGCCAAGCGCCAAAAAACAAAGAAGUCUCAUCUCGUUGUGAAAUUUGGCUCACAAAACAAAGACAAGAAAAGCAAGAAACAGAAGAAACAAACUCAGCAGCAUCAGCCAGUACAGGAAGACCUGAUCAAAAGUAAAGCUAAAGGGAAAAAACUUUCAGAGAAAAAAGUACAAACACCCAAAAAGAGAGGAAAGGGGAAAAAGGAGAAGACAGUGGAGAGUGUGUUGUCAGAAGGUGAUAUAAAAUCGCCUGCAACACAAACGCCGCAGGUGCAACAAAUCAAAGACGAUACGGGUAAGAAUAAAGUGAAAAAGCAAAAAGUAGCCAAGGAAGGCAAAGCCCACUUGAGUGAACAAAAAGCUGUGGCAUCACCUAUGUUUAAAAAGAAAAAACAAGCAAAAAUACUGCAAAAAGAUCAACCUAAGAGUGCAAAGACGGGAAAGGGAAAGAAAAAAAUCUCAAAAGCGCAGGCAGAAAAAGCAGAAGAAACUGGUUCACAUAUAAACCAAGACUCUCUGCUUUUACUGAAAGGUCAUAAACAGCCUCAACUGAAAGUCUACAAGUUAGACCCUUCAAAGGCAUCUGGCACUACACCGGAGACGUCACCUAGUGACUCCCGAUCAGCGUCUCAUACAAAGAAGUCCACAGACGGCGCUGCAGAUGGUAAGAAAAAAGGAGGACGAACCAAGAAAACACAGAAGGCUCUUUCCCUGUUGUCAACAUUAAAGGUUUCCCAUCAACCACCUGAGACAGUACCCAUCAAACCAAAGCCCACCAGGAAACGUAAAGCGUCCUCAAAUGUGGAAACUGAAGGAGUGAUAACUUCCAAACAUGCCUUAGAAUGUAAAAACUGUGGAGAGAAAUUUAAUGAAGUCUCGUCCCUUCAAAAGCACAAGACGACGGCUCAUAUCGUCGAGAGCCCUAGUCUCACAUACACCAAUGGAAACGUCUUCGAGGGCGUCUCCAGCUGUUCUGAUCUGUUCCAACUUCCAAAAGAACACAGUAAGGUCAUUAGGGUGAUGAAGUCUCCUAUAGACUGGGAUACUGAGCAUGAAAUGGCAUUAGAGGACAGAGAACURAGUGUCUCCUUUCCAGCUUUAAUCCCAUCUCCAUCUUUACCAAUCCCUCCUCAAGAUGCUGAAAUGAGGACAUGUGAAGAGAAGGAUGGAAGUAAAACUGUGAUAGAUAAGCAAUCCCAUCACUCUCUAGAUGUGCAGUCAUUGUCUGAUGAAAAAACAUGUAGGCAACCAAAUUUUACACCUAAAUCUACUUUCUUUUCUCUGACAAAGAGCUCUGAGACAGGAGAACAUUUGGCAACAGRUGAAGACAAGCAAGAAGAAGAAGAUGCCACAAAGAAUCCUCACUUUGAAUCUAAAGGCCAGGGUAACACAGACGAGGACAUUAAGGAGGAUUUACUUCUAGAGGUAGAUUUAGUAACUGUUGGGGAGCAGAGUGAGAGAGAUGAUCUGGUUUUGCAUACUAACAGCAUUGACCAAAAUGAAUCCAACGAAGGCUGCCAUUCUGAGCAACACUCUGAGCAAGUUAGUAAAGAGACACCAUUAAAAAGUUUGACCUCUCAAACCGUGUCAUGCUCCACUCAUGAAGUGGAGGUCAAAGAAGAGAAUGAAGAAACAUUAGUCCAGAAGAGAAAAGAAGCAGAGAAGAGAGAUGUCCUGACGAAUCCUCAAGAAAGCGAUGUCCUACCAGUUSGAGAUAAUCACAAACGAAUGGACCUGGAGAAUGAACAGAAUGAAUGUCAGCUAGUUUAUGAAAAGCAUCCUCUUUUCUCAGAUUUAGACAUGGCCAACCAUCGGACUUGCACAAAGACGCAGGCCAGUAAUGAGUUUGCAGGUGUGAAAACCAAUCCCCCUGUAGCGUGUUUACCUUCCAUUCCUGCWACGUUGGAAAAAUCCCCUGAAAAACCAGUUGAGUUUGAGCUGAAGUCUCUAAGCACAAGAGUUGAAGAAGUGACGASUGAAGGGAGACUGCAGGGGGAAGAAGAAAAUGGUCGGGAGCGUGACCAUUCUCCAGGAAACGUCCUUGAGAAGUUCCUCACAUCAAGGCAAAGAGCAACUGCUGCCAAGGAGACUGAAAGGAGCAACCAAAAACAGGUACAGGUUCAGAAAGGACCAGAGAUCAAGGUGGAAGAGAACAGGUCAGAUCCUCUGCUGGUUACACCAACCUGCCAGGGCAGACAGUGUCCCAGUGUCCAAACAGAGCAUCAUCAAGACAUAAGAAGUGUUUUGGUGAAAGAGGAAAUCAGCUCUGUGCUGAACACUACUCAGGAGCCGCAAGGCAGCAAACAAAUGCAGUGGAAUCUGGAGCCAGUCGUCAACGAGAACACAGACAUCCCACUAAUGGAGAAUGCUGAAACUACAAGGGACUGUAGCGUUUCCUCCAACCAGUGCAUCUUUUAUCCAGUGAAGGAGGAGGAGCGGGAGGUCCUGCUGGGGACCAGCACGGGGAGCUCAACCCCAGARGGGUCUGAUAAUACAACUCAGGCUGCAAACUGUGAUACAUAUGAAAGUAGACCAUCUUCAGCAGACUAUCAGGAGACGGUUGUUAGAGGUUUAUCAGAACCAGGGGUCGGUGAAUUCACAUCCAGCCAAGCUUUGUCUGACUCUGAGUGGCAGCAUCCUUCAGACCUCCAGGACUUUCUGCUCCAGAGUGCCGAUGAAGAAAACACAAGGGGCUUUGGAUUAUCUGAGCCCCAGCUUGACAGAGAAGCAUACAUUUUGGCAUACUUCAAUCAGUACAAAUCGAGGAGGGAACAACAGCCGAAUCAAACAGYAACAAAUUUGCCAACAUCUACAAUCCAUAUCCAAGCACAAAGUGUUGAAAACAGGACAAGAGAGCCCAUUAAUUACUUCUCCAGGUAUUUUAGUUGGGAUACAUGGGUGGACAUUGCCUCCUGCACAAAUGAACAAWCCAACAUGCCACAUCCUGUCACAGCCAAAGAGGUUGCAUGUUUUGUUGGGGUCCACAUUGCAAUGGGAACGUUGAAGUUUCCCAGUCCGAUGCUGUACUGGGAGGACCUGACCAAGGUGCCGUUGAUUGCUGAAGCCAUCCCACAAACUCGUUUCCUUGAGCUGUCCCACGUGUUGAAGCUGGCGUCUCCUUCCAAAGGAUUGACUAAAAGUGAUGUAAAAAGCCAAGAACAGGGUAAAACCUGCACAAGGAGUCUGAGUGRAAUUCCUCAGGGCAGAGAYGGGCAGCACAAAAGCGACACCUCGAACGGUUUACAAAUGCAGACUGAUCCUCUGUGGAAGGUUCUGCCAUUGUUGCAUCGUUUCAAUGCCGGGUGCGAGUCAUUCAAACAACAAGGCGAUUAUGCCGUUGAUCAACGCUCGCUUCCUCUGAUGAGUGCAAACAGGUGGUGUCUACACUGCACUACAUUAACCGGGCACGACGGUUUACUCAUACACGUGGAUCUCAAACUGGAUCUGUCAGACAAAGAAGACACGGUGGAAAGAAUGGUCCCUAAAGGCAGCACGGUGUUCCUUUGCAAGCAGGAGCUCUCGACCCCUGCCAUGCUGGAACGCCUUUUAGCCGCCGGGGUUCACGGGGCGGGCAGAGUGGGAGGGGCGCGAGGACACAUCGGGGAUGAGUUCGUGAGCUCCGACGGGAAGCUGAUGCUGCGCAGGUCUCACGGCGGCUUCAUACUCUCCACUGCCGGGGACGGCCAAAGGAACAUGGCCUCCCUUAUCGACAGCUUUGAGAAGGCCCAGACGUCGUCUCGUUUCAGCGGAGACCUACAAAAUCUGUACCUCACCCCCCAGACGGCUUCUCCACCGUGCUGUUGGCCCCAAGCGGUGCUAUGGUACCUGACAGAUGCGGCUCUGGUGAACUCCUGGCUCCUGUACCGACAGGAUCACAGAGCGGCAUGCGCACCUCUGACCUUCAUGGCCUUCAGACUGGAGGUGUCCAAGGCUCUGAUCCACUCCAGCCGCUCUGACACUCAGGACUCGGUGCCCCCUCAGCCUCCUUCAGAGGAGACUCAUACUACAAAUGAAACUCCCAGUCCCCUCCUGCUGGAGGAGAGUCCUUUGCCCGACACAGCCAUUCGGUACGAUGGUUCUGGCCACUGGCCUGAGCAGCUCGGGGAGGGUGAGGGGGGCCGGUGUCGUUUUGGAGACUGUCAGAGAACGUCACGAGUGUUAUGCCUUAAGUGCUGCGUCUUUCUUUGUAUCUCACGCAACCACAACUGCUUUUUGAAUUUUCAUAAUCAAGGGAGUUUGGGAAAAGAGCAGUAACUCUAGAACCCCUGGCAAAAAAUAUGAAACCACCACUCUCGUAGGAAGUUCAACUGUUUACUUUUUAUAAACAAAAAUGAGACAGACAUGCCACAAAAAAUUUUCCCCAAAAAUUUUUUAGCUGUCUGGAAACUAUGAAAAAAUAAAGAAAAUAAAUUGUAGUAGUCAGACACAUUUGCUUUUCCUCUUUGAAAUUUUUAAGUUUUAUAGCAUGUUUAAAUUUUUUUUACAUUAAUAACACUAAUAUAUUAAUAUUUUUCUAAUUUUGAUCUAUCUUUGCUUCUGUUUAGCGUCGUCAUGGUUGCUAGGUGACAUGAC